ACAAAGUACGCACAUCUAUACUCUCUCAAUACAUACAUCCGACCUCCUAGGCCCUUACGCUUUACCCCCUGUACAUCUAUCUCUUCUGUCUGACUGUCUUUCUUUUCCACCUUCUCUAAACGUAGCGGCACAGCUUCACCAAACUUACUUAGCCUACAGUACUUCGCCUACUUUGCCUACCUCGUCUACCUCGACUCCUACAAACCUAUCCCCUCGGUCUUCCUCGCUCGCUCAGACACCAACCUUCUCUCUUUCUCUCACCCUCUCACUCUCUCACCACUCUUUGACAUCCUAAUUGGCGCUCUUCUAUUUACCCAACAAACUUGCCUCGUUCACCUUAUUAUACCGGAAACCUGGACUCGAACUUGGAUUGGUCGCAUAGCUUCUUGGAUGCUAAUUAUGUCCGAUCUCGAGGCUGUCAACCCCACAUUCUAGCCCAUUGACCAUUCGGACAUCGAGUCGAGCGCCUCAUUCUGAGACCAGACUAGAAUCUCUUUGUGACACACAGCGAAAGAUUAGUGCCGUGCUAUAACGAACCCAUCAACUUGCCCAGCAUGCAGUCCAUGCAGAGACAAUUCGGGAAAUUACUCCAUAAAAGUCCUGGGGACAAUGCCCGCGUCGCGGUUCUGUUCAAUGAUUAUGAGGACGCUGACAGGAUUCUUGCUAAGAUCAUCGACCAUACCAAAGCCUGGCGGGAGUCAUGGAUCAGUCUAGCUAUGGCGCAACUAGGCAUAGUUACUGAAUAUGAUAGCCUUUGGGAUCCUAUCGUCGGUGCCACUGAUGGCCACGGAAGGCCUGCUAUGCCCACUGCCGACCUUCAGUUGGAACGUACCUUGAGGUUAAAGGAAGCCUAUACUGAGCUCAAAGCUGAGUUGCUCGAGGAAGUUGGCCUUAUUGAGUCUACCAUCAUCAGACCCGCUAUGGAUGCUCGCGAAUGUAUCGCCCCCCUAAGAAAAACUAUUAAGAAACGAGAAAAUAAGAGAUUGGAUUUCGAGAAAUGUCAGGAAAAGGCCAACAAACUACAAAGGAAGCCCGCUCGUACUCCUAAAGAGGAUGCUACUUUAGCAAAGGCAGAAGCUGAAGUUGCACGGGCAGCCGAGGAGUUCGAUUUUGCAGACUCCCAUUUAAGGGAGACACUACCGCCUCUAGUGUCCGCGACGUUCAGCAUCAUACCACCGAUAAUAGCAGGGGUGGUGGUGCUUCAAAACAGACUUCUAGGACUCUACUAUACCACGCUUCAUAACUACUGUCAAGAAUAUUCCUUCCCAUCCCCACCACCCCCCAUGGAAAGCGUGGUGUCCGAGUGGUCGGCCGACUUUGAACCUGUCAAACGUGAAGUGGAAUCAAUAACGUUCAUCGCAACGGGUAAGGCUGUCAAGAUGCCUAUGAAACUACCCGAUGACACAAACAGCAUCGAACGAAAACCCUCUUCUUCGUCUCUUAACUCUACUAGCGAGAACAGCUAUCGCCGGUCCACGCCCAACCUUCUGGGUAACGGCAACAAUGCUGCACCACCUACGUCAGGCCCACGACCAAAUCGUAUACCUUCGUCGACUUCGAUAGCAUCGUCACAAGGAGGUACGGGAGUGCAGUCGCGUCACCUCGUUCCCACUGAUUUUACCAUUGCAUCGCGACUCGGCCAGACACCAACGCCGUCCCUAUCCCCGGGCCCAACCGCAUCACGAUCGGAUUAUUUCGGCAGACCCUCGACGGCAUCGACAACCACGUCCAACACGUCACUCCACACGUCCGCCAGCGCAGUUUCCAUCGCGGCCAAGAAGAAGCCUCCACCCCCGCCGCCCAAGCCGAAGAAGAUCGGCGCAAGCCGCGUCGAGGAGUUCGUGGUGGCCCAGUACGCAUUCUCGGGCCAGAACGCCGGCGACCUGUCCUUCCAGGAAGGCGACAGGAUAAAGAUCGUCAAAAAGACGGGCACCGACCAGGACUGGUGGGUCGGCGAGGUCAACGGCGUCAAGGGCAGCUUCCCCGCCAAUUACUGCAAGUCGGCUUAAUUAAGUCGAGACGCCUCGGAUUUAGUAUGUAUGCAAGGGGUGACAUGCCUGCUAGAUCUUAGGGCCAACUCAACUGGGGACUGGGGAUAAGUCAGGUGCACACGUGCAUACUAAUUACGAGAUGCUAGAUUAGCUAGAUGAUGAGUUACAGUCAGUAGGCAAUGCUAUAUAUCCCCCAUUCUUGUGUGUGUGUGUGUCAAGAAUGGGGAGAGUUGGAGUUGAUUUUAGUAAUAGUAGUAGUAGUAGUAGUAGUACGGGUGGUGGCGGUAGAAAGAAAGAAGUUAUUAGAAAAUCGGGGAGGGGCGUCGUGUCGUAUCGUAUCGUAUCGUAUCGUGGAUUUUAUUAUUCAUUCAUCAAAGGAAGAAGAAAAAUAGUAAUUGAUAGGUAAAGAUGGAUGGGAAUGGAAUGGAAGUCAAGGCGAAAAGAAAAGAAAACUGGAGAGAGGAAGAAAGAAAGAAAGAAAGAAAGAAGGGCAAAAAAGGGGAAAAGCACAGAGGGUUACGUAAGCCAUUCAUUCACCUGAUAGAAAGUGAUGAGAUACAUAAUUGAUGAAUGUUCAAAUGGUCA